GGCGCCACCGCCCGCCCCCGGCCCCGGCGCCGGCCCCGCUCGCUCCGGUGCAGCCCCGCCAUGGCGGGCGGCCCGGCCGCGCUGGCCCUCGGUGUCCUGCUCGCCGCAUGCCACGCGCUGGAGAACACCACAGCAGCCCGGAAUGGCCCACCGGUGGCAGCGGCCGUGAGGUCCCACUUCAAUGACUGUCCCGACUCCCACAGCCAGUUCUGUUUCCACGGCACCUGCCGGUUCCUGGUCCAGGAGGACAAGCCAGCGUGUGUGUGCCACUCUGGGUACGUGGGGACACGCUGUGAACACGCCGACCUCCUGGCCGUGGUGGCUGCCAACCAGAAAAAACAGACGAUCACAGCCCUGCUCGUGGUGGCCGUGGUGGCCUCGGUGCUGCUUAUCUCUGUCUGCGUCCUCAUCCACUGCUGCCGCCUGCGGAAGCGAUGCCCCUGGUGCCGGGAGCCUGGAGGGGGCCAGGAGAAACCAGGGGGGCUCCUCAAGGGGGGCACCUCCUGCUGCCACGCCGAGACAGGUGUGUGAUGGAGCCAGGACCCCCCAUGGACCCCGGGAAUGGCAUAGCACCUCUCCUCUGCUUUCGGUCUAUUUUCUGGGAUGUUUUCCCCCUUUUUCCUCAUUUUCUCACCACCACGGAAGAAGCAAGGCAGGAAUGUGCUCAGCAGCACCAGCAGAGCCACAGGGCCAAGCCCUGGCCUUGUGCCACUGGGCUUUACCUUUGGUUUUGGGUUGUUUUCCCUGGUUUUUGCCUCCUGGAUGAUUGUUUUUAAACCAGAACCCCGGCAAGAUGGGGCUUUAUUUUUCUACAGAGACAGAACCUCGGCAGCCACACAGCCCAUGCUCAUUUUGGGGACAAAUACAAGCUUUUUAUUAAUAAUAAAAUGAACCUUAAUCCUAGGAAACCUCCUCGGGCUGGAGCUCCAACCUCCAGCACAGCCUUAAUCCUCCUCGUAGUCCUUUUCAUAACCAACCUGGCACUCUUUCCUCUGUUUUUGGGUUUUUUUUGGUUUUUUUUUAAGUCAUGGUUGCUCUCAUGUCUUCUGUAUAUGUUGCACUGAAAGUUAAUAUUUAAUGUUUUAAUUUAUUUUGUGUGGUUUAAAUUAAUUUUGAUUCCUAUAAAUAUGUUCUUGUGA